AUGAGCCGUCGCAUCGUUGACGAAGACAUAGUUAUUGGACAGCGGAUAAAGCCAAUGACCAGGGAGGAGCGUCGCGCUCUCCAAGACAGAGAUUAUAUGGAAAAGUUGCGGCUUGCACAGAGACGUGAGGAUUACUGCCAAUACGAGGAUCCCGGAUUCAUCAACCAUGCCUCGCAAAACUCUGCUGCAUACAUUGAUGAACAUCACAGAUUUGCUGAUAACAUUUUAGAUAUCGAACGGAACAGGCGCGAGGAGGAAAGGUUGCGCCGUGAAAACUACUUACGAGCUCGAGGCGAGGCUGCUAUGGAACGGUCUCGGCGAAUAGCUGAGCGGGUAGAAGCGGAGGAGCAGGAAAAGCAAGAUCAUCUCAAUCGUUUAAGGGAGCGUGGCAACACCAAGAAUCUAAGUGGCGCAAACUUUAACCUCUUAACCCAUGAGUACAAUAGUGGAGCGGACGGAGAACAGGCGGCUCGUGAAGACGAGCGUGCCCGUGAGAGGGCAGAGUUGCGUAAGCGUGAACUUGCCAAGCGUGGAGGGUAUGGAUACAAUCCACUCACUGGAGAGUAUAUGAAUGGCCUAUAA